AUGGAGAAUGUAACUUCUAUGGUACAAAGAAAUGAACAGGAACAACAGGAGGGAGACAAUAAUGAAGCUUUGCAACUUGUUAAAAACGAGGAACGUCAGGAGAUGGCGGCUAGCGAGUCCAACGUGAACAGUGAAAGCGCCGGUGCAGCGGCCACCGCGUCAGGAUCGGAGUCCAACGGCGAACCACACUCGGUGAUCACCUCGCGACGCGCCCUAAGGACUAUAACGACAGCCGGCCACAUAACCGACGCCUCGGACGUUAACGAUGAGGGCGUAAAGGACGAGCCCCCUGAACAAUCCCAGCAACUAGAACAUGAACAGAUGCAGUACGCGCCUAAGAUAGAGGACUCAGAUGGGCGCAGCGCCGCCACACAUUACGACGAGGAGAGACUGCGGAUGGCAGAGGCUGAAACAGCUCGAUACUUAGCGUUCAAACAGGAGCCAUAUCGCUCACUGCAGUCCCCGACGCCUGCGCCACAGGACAAAAGACUACCACCACCGCAGCAACAGCACGCGCGAGGGCCGCCGCCGCGGUCCGCGUACGGCAGAGGGCUCGCUCUACGUUAUGGCACAUCUCACCACGUCAUAGUGGCGCAGGAAGGCGAGACCGAGGAUCACUCACACGAAGUGUUCCUACAGAAAGAAAAAGCCGAACAACUCCAACAAGCCUACGUAACUGAAGCUGCAAACGCACAGGACGGUAGACAAUACGGCGCCGUACUGAGCGAUCAAGUCGCCGUCUCCUCCGCCUUGGAGAUGAUACAGACUACAUCUCUAAGCAACCAGCAAGCGGUCGGCGUUGCGUACCAGCAGGUAAAGUAUGAGUCGCGGGGCGAGGGUGAGCCCCGGCCGACCACGUACGCCAGCCUGCAGCCGGUGACGUCGGUGUACAGUGCGAGCGGCUACACGUAUUCGGGGCAGAGCCCGCAGUACGCGGCAGCGGGCUACAGCGCGUACGGCGGCGGCAAGGAGCUGCUGACGCUGUACGGCGCGGGCGCGGCCCCGCGGGGCGACGACUCGCCCCCCGGCCUGCUGUACCGCAGCGACCCUACGCUGUCCUCCUCGUCGCUCAACACGCGCGGCGCGCACGUCGUGUACGGCUCCGUGGUGCCGCAGUCGCAGGCCGUGUAUGAAACGCCGCCCAGCCCUAAUUCUCAGCAGGUGAACGUGCUGUACACGCACGGCAACACGGUGCAGUACAAGGUGGGCGGCGAGCACUACCUGGGGCAGGGCGGCAGCGUGGAGUACGUGCCCGUGUCCGGCUACGAGGGCGGGCUGCUGGUGGAGAGCUACGCGGCGCCCACGCAGGCCUGGCCCGGCCACAAUCUGCUGCCCAUCGACGACAGCUUCGACCCCAGUAUGACGGGAAUGGGAGAAAUGAAAGAGUGCGUGAACUGCGCGGCGGCGACGACCCCGCUGUGGCGGCGCGACGGCACCGGCCACUACCUGUGCAACGCGUGCGGCCUCUACACGCGCAUCAACGGCGUCAACCGACCGCCGCUCAAGGGGCAGAAGGCGAAGCCGCCGCAAGCUCUCCCCACCAACGGCAACCGGCGCGUGGGCGUCACGUGCGCGAACUGCCGCACGUCCAACACGACGCUGUGGCGGCGCAACAACAACGGCGAGCCCGUCUGCAACGCCUGCGGCCUCUACUACAAGCUGCACAACGUGAACCGGCCGCUGAGCAUGAAGAAGGACGGCAUCCAGACACGCAAGCGGAAGCCGAAGAGCAUGGGCGGCGGCGCGGGCGGCGCGGGCGUGGCGCGCGGCGCUCUCUCCGUGGAGGCACACUCGCACAAGGUGCUGCCUCCGCUGUACGCGGCGGUGGAGGGCGCGGGCGCCGGCGCGCCGCUGCUGCUGCUGCCCGCCAGACACCACGAGCUCGCGUGA